AGAAACGAAUAUAGCCGAGGGUUGCCUCGACUUUUUUGGUGACGAAAGUCCGCCCGCCCCUUUCCAAGCCCGGUUCUCUCAGCUUGUCCUUCCCCCUACCUAGCUAGCUACACUACCAGGCUGGAGUUCCCCGGCAGCACUGCACGCAACACACUGACUGCUGCGACUCACUCACAACCGAGGUGGGAAAGAUGGAGCACAGAGACUCCGGCUUCAGCAUAUUGUUGGCGACCGAUUCAUAUAAGGUAACACAUUACAAACAGUACCCCCCCAACACGAGUAAAGUGUACUCGUACUUUGAGUGUCGUGAGAAGCGGACCGAUCCCACCAAAAGCAGAAAAGUCAAAUAUGACAAAACCGUCUUCUAUGGCCUACAGUACAUCCUCAACAAAUACCUAAAAGGAAAGGUAGUGACCCCAGAGAAGAUCCAGGAGGCAAAGGAGGUAUACAGAGAACACUUCCAGGACGAUGUUUUCAAUGAGAAGGGGUGGACUUACAUUUUGGAGAAAUACGAUGGACACCUGCCUAUUGAAAUCAAGGCAGUGCCAGAGGGAAGUGUCAUUCCUCGAGGCAAUGUUCUGUUCACAGUGGAGAGCACAGACCCUGAAUGCUACUGGCUCACCAACUGGGUGGAGACCAUUCUGGUUCAGAUCUGGUACCCCAUCACUGUGGCGACCAACUCCAGGGAGCAGAAGAAGAUCCUCGCCAAGUACCUCCAGGAGACUUCUGGGAACUUGGAGGGACUAGCAUACAAACUACAUGACUUUGGCUACAGGGGCGUCUCCUCACAAGAGACUGCGGGCAUCGGGGCCUCCGCCCAUCUGGUCAACUUCAAGGGCACAGACACGGUCGCUGGCAUCGGAGUCAUUAAGAAGUACUACGGCACCAAGGACCCUGUGCCAGGCUUCUCAGUGCCUGCUGCAGAGCACAGUACCAUCACAGCGUGGGGGAAGGACCACGAAAAAGAUGCCUUUGAGCACAUCAUCAAGCAGUUCCCCAACGUGCCCGUAUCAAUCGUCAGCGACAGCUACGACAUCUACAACGCAUGUGAGAAGAUCUGGGGAGAAGACCUCCGGUCGCUGAUAGUGGCCCGCAGUGCAGAUGCCCCAUUGGUUAUCCGACCAGACUCAGGAAAUCCGCUCGAUACGGUUUUGAAGGUUUUGGAGAUCCUGGGUAAGAAGUUUCCGCCAGUGGAGAACUCCAAAGGUUAUAAGGUUCUCCCUCCUUAUAUCAGAGUCAUACAAGGAGACGGAGUUGAUAUCAACACACUGCAAGAGAUAGUGGAGGGUAUGAAGCAACACAAGUGGUCCAUUGAGAACAUUUCCUUUGGGUCCGGCGGGGCUCUGCUGCAGAAACUGACCCGAGAUCUGCUCAACUGCUCCUUCAAAUGCAGCUAUGUGGUCACUAACGGACUAGGGGUGAAUGUGUUCAAGGACCCAGUGGCAGACCCCAACAAGAGGUCCAAGAAGGGUCGCCUGUCUCUGCACCGGACACAGAGUGGCGACUUUGUCACCCUGGAGGAGGGCAAGGGCGACCUGGAGCAGUAUGGCGUGGACCUGCUGCACACAGUCUUUCUGAACGGAAAGAUUGUGAAGACGUACACAUUUGACGAAGUCAGAGACAAUGCUCAGCUCAAAGAGAGCGAGCUUAAUGUGCUGCUGGACUGAGCGCAGCACUACUAAAUCCCCACCCUCCACCCUAACCCCAAAACAAACCCCCUCCCCUCAACCCUUCCUCCUUUUGGGCGCCGACGCAACCCCAGAAAACGGAGGCGGUGUACACUGCUAAUAGAUCCCUCUCCCAAAGUGUGACAACUCCCCAAAACGUUCCUAAAAACCCGAGACUCCCUUAAAAUUCACAGAUCUUUACCCACAGUUCCAAAACGCUGUUGUUGGUUCUCCAACAGAGUGGGGGAAGAAUUUGGAAAUUUGCACACCACUGAUGAACGGCGAACACCCCAUGAGUGUGAGAGGGGGGGGUGAGGGUGGGGGGGGGGAGAUGAGAAAAUGUGUGUGAGGUACAGUAAGCAACUAAUGACAGACAUGUCGAGGGAUAGAAGUUGCAAAUAUGAUGAUAAACCGUGCGUUCACUCCCAUGUGCCACUGCCCCAAAUUGAACUUCGGCAUAUUGCACUGAUAGGCUAGACAUACUGCAACCUAAGAAUGCGACUGGCUGCUGAUAGAUAAUAUGUCAGCGGACUAUUCAAUGCUGACACAAAAGCAAGUAAGAUGAUUGUGAAUGAGCUCCUGGCGGCUGCAUGUGGAGUGAACCCAUGGUGAGUCAAAGUGAGAAAGAUGAUGACAGAGAGAGACAGAGAAAUAUGAAGCCACACCAAUGACCGUGCUCCGUGAGUUGUGUACAUAACUGUUAAGAAAAAAAAAAAUACAUGUCUGAAUCUACUUUAGCUUUGUCUUUUAUGUGAAGGAAGAAAAUGAUGAUUAUGGUUUAUAAUGGUGCACCGAUAACAUUGACAGAAAGCAGCUAAAAUGUUGCUGCUACUUGGAAACAAGGUUAUAAACACACUGUCAUUAUGGGUGAUGAAGGAAUUCAUUUUCCCCAGUUUUCUUGUUUUUAGUUAGUAGUUUUGGCCCAAAUUAUAAAAGGCCAACAUCUAUCACGUACUUCCUGAAUAUUGUGUACUCUUACUUUGCCAAAUAAAAUGUUAUGGGUGCAUCUCUGAAGGUAUAUAAAUGAUUAUCUACUUGCCAUUAUGUUGGCCACAGAGCAUUCACAUCAUGAAGGUCCAAUCAUACCACAAAAUCACAAAUUCUGUUCACGGAGGGAGGAUAAAACCAUUCGCAAAGAGAUGUUUUCAAUAUUGUUUUAAAUUUCAGACUAACAUGUAAACAAUGGAUUUUUUUUCAUCGAUAAUUCCAGUGUUGUCAAAGCCACAAAUCUUUACAAUUGACAAGAUUAGAUUUGAGUUAAAAGUUUCAGAUUGGGUCUUCACGAUGGUGAAUACUCUGGAAACCAGUCUUUGCUGUAUAAGACCAAAAGUUGAUGUAAAAAAAAAAAAAAAAAAAAAGAAAUUAAAAAAAAAAUACAUAACAGAAAUGGUCUUCACUGGAAUCAAGAUAAUCUAUGUUUUAUGAAAGAUUAUGUGGCUCCUGGGCUGAAAUGUAUGUUAAAUGUUUGUUCUGCUGUGUGUGUGUGUGUGUGUGUGUGUGUGUGUGUGUGUGUGUGUGUGUGUGUUUUGAGAUUUUCUUCCUUUUUAAAGGAUUGUGUAUUCCUUUAUGCAAAUGUACACUAGUUUGAUCGGGGGAAUAGAGAACAAUCUUCCUUUUACUUUGCCGGCCUUUUAUUCUGAAGGGAGACACAGCGUUGUGACAAACGGUAGCGAUAAAGUAGCGAGUGUGUUUUUUCUUUCGG